UACCAUGACCUCUCGCCCUUUUAUUUUCUUCUGUUUUUCCUCCUUAAACCCUCUCUUCUUCUUUCCUUAACACUUGAAACAUUACACAUUUUUUGUUUUUUACUCUCUCUCCCUCUCCUUUUCUUUUUGCUUUGCAACAAAAUUUUAGAAAAAUGGGGUGUUAAUGUUUUACCUAAUCCAUCAGCCCACUCCACUUCCUUAAAUUUUUCAUAUUAAUACACCAAGAAGUAAGACAUUGUAGCCUUAAAUUAUGCUACACUAAAAAGGGUAACUAAAUAAAUUGAAUCAUGGAGUUGUAAUACUUCAAAGUAUUAAUUUUUAUGGUUUUUAAUGUAUAACAAAAGCAUUUGCUUGAUUUUGGGUUGUUGAUAAUGGGAAGAUAAUUGAAUCUUGAAAACCUUCAAUUUUUUUAUUUUUAAGGUUUUAAUGCAUAAGAAAAGUGUUUUCUUGUUUAUGAGUUGAAAUGUGACGAUAAUUGUUUCUUGGAAAUUAAAAUCCUUUAAAAUUUCGAUUUUUAAGGUUUUUAAUGCAUAAGAAAAACAUUCUCUUGGUUGUGAGGUAGUUGAAAUCCUUCAAAAGUAUUGAUUUUUAAGGUGUUUAUGCAUAAGAAAAGCAUUUUCUUGGUUGUGGGGUUGUUGAAAUCCUUCAAAAGUUUUGAUUUUUAAGGUGCUAAUGCAUAGGAAAAGCAUUUUCUUGGUUGUGGGGUUGUUGAAAUGUGAAGAAAAUUGAAUCUUGGAAGUUGACAUCCUUCAAAGUUUUUGAUUUUCUUGGUUUUGGGGUUGUUGAAAAUGGCAAGUGUAGUGGAUUUAGAGGCUGGAGUUGGAGCAGGUGGACUCAGUCGCCAGUGCUCUGGCAGUGGUAGUAGUGUGGAAGGUAGUGUUUGUUUCUCUGAUGCUGAUGAAGGUUCUUGUUAUUCUCAGUUUUAUUCAACUGCUGAUGGUUCAAAUUAUGAUGAUUAUAGCUUUGCUUGUGCUACUGAGUCUGAAAUAGGUGAAGUUAUGGAGGAGUCAAGGAGAGUUUCAUCUGUGGUUGAGUCUGAUGAUAGAUCAGUGGACUUAGAAAGUGGAAUUGGUGACACAAAAUUGUUGCAUGUUGGGAAAAUUGAAAGAGAUUGUAGGAUUUGCCAUCUGAGUUUGGUGAGUUCUGGUCCUGAAUCUGGUAUUGCUAUUGAAUUGGGAUGUUCUUGCAAAGAUGAUUUGGCUGCUGCACAUAGGCAUUGUGCUGAGGCAUGGUUCAAAAUCAAAGGAAAUAAGACUUGUGAAAUAUGUAAUUCUAUCGCAUGCAACGUUAUUGGUCCAAAUGAUGUUGAAUCAGGACAGCAAACGAAUGAAUCAAGCGCGGUGGCUACAAGUGCAACGUCUGCACCAGUAUCAGCUACUUCAGAAACUCGAACUUGUUUGAAUGGGCAUCGGUUCUUGAAUUUCCUCUUAGCUUGUAUGGUAUUUGCGUUUGUCAUCUCUUGGCUCUUCCACUUUAAUAUCCCAUCGUAGGGGGUAGUGUUGGAAAGAGUUCAUGUGCCAUGAAUUCGAAGGUAAUCGAAUGCUUAUGGUGGUAAAAAGAAAUGUCAACACGUCUUUACUACUAGCUUUGGGAACAUAUCUACCUAUAGAGCCUUGUUUUGUGUGUCUACGACUAGAGUUAGAGAUCAAUAUGUAAGUGUGUCGUUGUCUAUUUAUUAACUAAUAUUUCCCUUUGAUCUCAUGAAAAUGCCAGCAGUUGUUUGUUA